CGAAUCAACUCGUGUUGUCUUCCGCUGCUUUCCCAUCGCGUGGGUGUUCGGCAACGUGACACUGUAAGCAGGAACACGAACAAAGACGCGACAAUGGCACAAUCUAACGGUAUAAUAAAACCAAAGACCAAGCGCUCCAAGCGCUUCCUGGAGAGUCGAGCACCCAAACUGGCAGAGGAUGGAAAGAGUACCAUGAUCAUGAAAGGGGGCAACGCCAAUCAAACUGUCAGCCAGGCCCUGAAGGACAUCUAUUCCCUGAAAAAGCCCAGCGCUGUGCUGUACAAAAAGAAGAACAUCACAAGGCCCUUCGAGGACUCGACAUCACUCGAGUUUUUCUCUAAGAAGACGGACUGCUCUCUGUUUCUCUUUGGGUCCCACAACAAGAAACGACCCAACAACCUCAUAUUUGGUCGUCUAUUUGACUUCCACGUGCUGGAUAUGAUUGAGCUGGGAAUCGAGAAGUAUGUCUCCCUGAGUGAGAUAAAGAUAAGUAAAUGUCCCGAGGGGACCAAACCGAUGCUGGUGUUUGCCGGUGAGGCUUUCGAUAUGGACGACGAGUACAAACGUCUGAAGAGUCUGCUCAUUGACUUCUUCAGGGGUCCUUCUGUGUCUGCAGUGCGACUGGCAGGCUUAGAACAUGUUCUGCACUUCACUGCUGUGGAUGGCAAAAUAUUCAUGCGGAGUUACAGGUCUUUGUUGAAGAAGUCGGGCUGCAGGACACCGCGCAUUGAGCUGGAGGAGAUUGGGCCGUCAUUGGACUUUGUUCUGCGAAGAACACAUCUCGCUUCGGACGACUUGUACAAGUUAUCUCACAAGCAGCCCAAGGCUCUGAAGCCCAAGAAGAAGAAGAAUAUUUCCCACAAUGUCUUUGGCACCAAGUUUGGCCGGGUGCACAUGCAGAAGCAGGAUCUAUCCAAGCUUCAGACGCGGAAGAUGAAGGGUCUACGGAAGAGGAAGAGGGGCGCGGUUGAUGGGCAGCAGGAUGGAGAGUCUUCUAAAGUGGCAAAAAUGGAGAGUUGAGGUAUGAGGCGGGACAACUGGAUGCGCGCGUCUUGACCGCUGCAACGCCAUACAGGUUUCUUCGCCUGGAUAGCUUCACCUUGCUCCUCAUCGCCUCCACCACCAGGAAUCCGCCUGAUUCCAAGCCCAAGUGAUUCCCUUGUGACUGUUAUGGAAGGAAAGUCACUUCUUCAACCUCCCCUCAACUUAAGGGGGGCUCCAUUUUAACAAAAUUAAAAAAAAAAAAAAAAAAAUCAGUUCAAAGUAACAAUCAAAAAAGUGUAGAAAUGUGUUUCAUCCACUUGAAACAUUUUCAUUCAGAUGGUUAUGAAAAUGUCUUUUGUUGAACAAAAUAAAAGAAUUAUGGGAUAACAAUGUA